GUACCCAGGAGAAAGACCGUAUCGCGCAGCAGCAUCAUUGUAAGAAUGGUCCGAAAACCGUCUGACAAACCUGGAACAUGGCCCAGCGGAGGAUAUAGAAUAUCAUAUUCUUAGAACAUCAAAACAUGACAAAUGCCAUAAGCAUUUUGACGGUUCAUCUAUAAUAGGCUAUGAUUCAAAGGCAGGUGACACUGACCCAGAACUUGUACCAGAACAGGUUUCUCGGACUCAGACUUGCAGCCAUGGCCUCCCCGUGUCGUUCGUCCCAGAACCGUUGGCGCUGUAAGGACCACAUCCGCCACAGCUACAACCCCGAACAAUUCCGCAACGUUCAUUUCCAGAAUGGGGUGCCUGAGGACGUGGCGGCCAUGUACCGCUCCACCAGCGACACGGAUCUGGUGACAUCACACAGCCGCUCCACGCUUACCGUCAGCACCUCGCACUACGCCAUCGGACAGACCCAGGACAUCCUCAUCUGCUGGGACAUCAAGGAGGAGGUGGACGCUGGGGACUGGAUCGGCAUGUACCUCCUUGAAGAGGUGUCGUCUGAGAACUUUCUAGACUACAAGAGCCGCGGAGUGAAUGGUUCCCACAAGGGCCAGAUAGUGUGGAAGAUUGAGGGCAACUCCUAUUUUGUGGAGCCGGAGACCAAGAUCUGUUUUAAAUACUACCAUGGUGUGAGCGGGGCCCUGCGAGCCACUACCCCCAGUUUGACUGUGAAGAACCCCUCAGUUCCGGUAUUUAAGCCCGUCACCAAUGAAGAAGUCCCCCAGAGCACAGGCAGUAGAAGACUCAUCAGCUUCUCCCUCUCAGAUUUCCAUGCCACAGGGCUGAAGAAGGGGAUGUUCUUCAACCCUGACCCCUACCUUAAGAUCGCCAUCCACCCCGGCAGGAACAGCAUCUUCCCGGCACUGCCACACCACGGCCAGGAAAAACGCUCAGGCAUCGUCUGUAACACCAUCAACCCUCACUGGCAGAGAGAGCGCUUCAACUUUGUGUCUCUGCCCACGGACGUUCUGGAGAUCGAGGUAAAAGACAAGUUUGCCAAGAGUCGUCCUAUCAUCAAACGUUUCCUGGGCAAGCAGUCCAUGCCGGUGCAGAGGCUACUGGAGAAGCAUGCUAUUGGUGACCGUUUGGUCAGCUACACGCUGGGCCGAAGGGUGCCGACAGAACAUGUCAGUGGACAGCUGCAGUUCAGAUUUGAGAUCACUUCCUCUAUUCAUCCAGAUGAUGAAGACAUGUCUCUCAGCACAGAGCCUGAGUGUGCCGCUGUGCAGGAGACCAGUAACCAGGGGGAGGGCCAGUCCUCCCAGGCCCAGGGCCAGGCCGAGGACACAAUGAGCCUGGGUCCAGGGGCUCCCGAACUCCCCAUGGAUGAGGAGGAAGACGCUGGAGCUCCAGAACUUCCAAUUGGAGGAGAUACAGUUACAGACACGCCCAUGGAAGGGCAUCCAGCAGGGCCUUUGGGUUCAGAGGAGCCCAUGGAUGGAGAUGGAGACUCAGGGCCUAGCUGUUCCAGAACCAAGGCCCUAAAAACAGAACCAAGUCAAUCAGAGGUCAAUGGGGCUCAGGCAGAGGUGGCUGUGGCUGUAGCUGUGGCUGCAGAGAAGCUGCCCUCGGUAGAGGAUAACAGGGAGGAAGAGGGGCAGCAAACCCCCUCCAGUCCUCAGCUUGCUGACCCAGAGCAGGGGGUGGACAGUACACCAGCAGAGGGUCAGGUCAUCCCUGCUGUAUUGGAAGACAUGGAGAGUGGAGCGCCUGGGGAGCCAGCAGAACAGGUGGUGGGUCAGGAGGAAGGGGACGAGGAAUGCUGCUCCCUGCGCAUCAGGACCACCCCUAGGCGUAAGAACCGGCCCUGCUCCCUGCCCGUGUCGGAGCUGGAGACAGUAAUCGCCUCGGCCUGUGGGGAGCCUGAGACCCCUCGCUCCCACUACAUCCGCAUCCACCACCUCCUCCACAGUCUGCCCUCUGCCCAGCCAGGCACCCAGGAGGACGGGGAGGGAGAGGGGGCUGAAGCUGAAACAGAGCCCGAUCCAGACCCUGGCCCUGACCAGCUCAGCCCCAGGGUCCAGGAUGGCUCAGAAGAGGAUGAAACGGCAGAACCACUGACCCCCGGGCCCAGGAGGACCCUGCCUCGCAGCCUGUCCAUCGAGCGUCUGUCCGACCUGGCCCUGCUACUGGACAGCGAGGGCCGCCACCCCCAGGGCCAGGUCAGGGGUGACCAGAGAGUGUCCGACGAAGACGACAUGGAGCCCUGCUGCAGUGAUUCCUGCUAUGAGGGCCGAGGAGGCAGUCACAACCAGGCACCUCUAGUGGCUGUAGCCAGGAUGUCUGUGGAGAGCAGUGAUUUCCCCUCCCAGGAGGAUGAGGACAUGGAGGGGAACGGAGCGGAGAGCAGUGAUUUCCCCUCCCAGGAGGAUGAGGACAUGGAGGUGAACGGAGCGGAGAGCAGGGAGCCAGGAGAUGGGAUGCCCCAGUGGCAGGUGGCCCUAUCCACACAGGUCCAGAGCCCCCAGAGCUUCAUAGAAAACGGAGAGUCUCCCGUGGCUGGGCCCAGUGGGAAAAUAGGACGAGAUUGUCCCCUACCGUCCAGUCAUCCUCCAGUCAGCCAGCUUCCUGCUCUGCGUCAUGAUCCUCAUCAUUACCCUACUAUAGAUGAACCACUACCACCAAACUGGGAAGCGCGUGUGGACAGCCACGGUCGUGUGUUCUACGUGGAUCACAUCAACAGGACCACCACGUGGCAGAGACCCACCUCAGCAGCCACGCCUGAUGGCAUGAGGAGGUCAGGGUCCGUUCAGCAGAUGGAACAGCUCAAUAGAAGGUACCAGAGCAUCCAGAGGACCAUGGCCACAGACAGGAGUGAGAAUGAAGGAAGCAGAAGCAGGAGUGAGAGAACAAGCCUCAACAACAACAGCAGUGAGACAGACUCUCCUUCGGUGGCUAAUGAGCUGAGAAGAGACAGCUCCUCUUCCUCCUCCUCCUCGUCAUCAUCUCCAGUCAACAGUCAGAAGAUCACAGCUCUGUUACAGAGCCCAGCGGUGAAGUUCAUCACACACCCAGAGUUUUUCACUGUCCUCCAUGCCAACUAUGGAGCCUACCGCAUGUUCACCAGCAGCACAUGCCUGAAGCACAUGAUCCUGAAGAUUCGUAGAGACGCUCGUAACCUUGAGAGGUACCAGCACAACAGAGACCUGGUCACCUUCCUCAACCGCUUCUCUGACGCCCAGUUUGAACUGCCCCGGGGCUGGGAGAUCAAGACUGACCCUCAGGGCAAGAACUUCUUUGUGGACCACAACAGCCGAGCGACCACGUUCAUCGACCCGAGAAUCCCUCUUCAGAACGGUUGUCUGCCCAACCACCUGACCCACAGGCAGCACCUACAGAGAUUACGCAGCUACAGUGCUGGAGAGGCCUCGGAGGUGUCCCGUAGUCGAGGUGCGGCCUUGUUGUCACGGCCUGGGAACAGUGUGGUGGCCGCGAUGCGGAGCCAGCAUCAUCCUGAUCCAGUGCCACAAGCUUAUAAUGAGAAGAUCGUGGCCUUCCUCCGUCAGCCUGGAAUACUAGAAGUUCUUACGGAGCGCCAGCCAGCCCUGUCCAGGAACCAUUCCCUGAGGGAAAAGAUACACUACAUCAGAACAGAGGGCACCCAAAGACUGGAGAAACUAGCAUGUGAUGCAGACCUGGUGAUACUGUUGAGCUUGUUUGAAGAGGAGAUCAUGUCCUAUGUUCAGCCCUCCUUCCAUCCUGGCUUCAGCUUCUCUCCGCGUUGUUCACCAGGGUCUUCACCACAGAACUCUCCAGGAAUGUCGAGAGCGAGAGCGCCUGCCCCGUACCGGAGAGACUUUGAGGCCAAACUACGCAACUUCUACAGGAAACUGGAGGCUAAAGGCUAUGGCCAGGGCCCAGGAAAGAUCAAGCUUAUUGUCCGGAGAGACCACCUGUUGGAGGGUACCUUUAACCAGGUCAUGGCCUACUCACGCAAGGAACUACAGAGGAAUAAGCUCUACAUCACCUUCAUAGGAGAGGAGGGGCUGGACUACAGUGGACCAUCCAGAGAGUUCUUCUUCCUGCUGUCUCAGGAGCUGUUCAACCCCUACUAUGGCCUGUUUGAGUACUCAGCCAACGACACAUACACCGUCCAGAUCAGCCCCAUGUCCGCCUUCGUAGAGAACCAUCUGGAAUGGUUCCGGUUUAGUGGGCGUAUUUUGGGACUGGUGUUGAUCCACCAAUAUCUCCUGGAUGCCUUCUUCACGCGGCCCUUCUACAAGGCUCUCCUCAGACUAGCCACUGACCUGAGUGAUCUGGAAUACCUAGACGAGGAGUUCCAUCAGAGUCUACAGUGGAUGAAAGACAAUGACAUCACAGACAUGCUGGACCUUACCUUCACUGUGAAUGAGGAAGUCUUCGGACAGGUAACAGAGAGAGAGCUGAAGUCUGGAGGGGCCAACAUUAAUGUGACAGAGAAGAAUAAGAAGGAGUACAUUGACCGCAUGGUGAAAUGGAGGGUGGAGAGAGGAGUGGUCAAACAGACAGAGGCACUGGUCAGGGGCUUCUAUGAGGUGGUGGAUUCCCGGCUGGUGUCAGUGUUUGAUGCCAGAGAGUUGGAGCUGGUCAUCGCUGGGACAGCUGAGAUAGACCUCAAUGACUGGAGGAACAACACAGAGUAUAGAGGAGGCUACCAUGACAGCCACAUUGUGAUCCGGUGGUUCUGGGGGGCCGUGGAGCGCUUCAACAAUGAGCAGAGGCUGCGUCUGCUGCAGUUUGUGACUGGCACCUCCAGUGUUCCCUAUGAGGGCUUCACUGCGCUACGGGGCAGUAACGGUCUGCGACGCUUCUGUAUCGAGAAGUGGGGCAAGAUUACUGCUCUUCCAAGGGCACACACAUGCUUCAACCGGCUGGAUCUCCCACCAUACCCCUCCUACACCAUGCUCUAUGAGAAACUGCUGAUCGCUGUGGAGGAAACCAGCACUUUUGGCCUUGAGUGAAGGAGAGAGAAGUUGUGCAUCCCAAAUUGCACCUUAUUCCCUAUAUAGUGAGUCACCUUUGACCAGGGACCAUAGAGCUCUGGUCAAAAGUACUGCAUUAUGAAGGGAAUAGGGUGCCAUUUGCGAAGCAAUCAAUAACUUAAAUAGGAUCCUGUGCCUCAGGACUGUGAACUCUACACAACAUUCCCUUUAUACUGUACAUUUCAAUACAACAGCCAGAGGACUGUACAUUUCUCUUUUUUAACAAUCUUAUGUACAGUAUACAAGCAAAGGAAAAGCCAAGCACCACCACAUGCAUUACUCACAUGUUACAAUGUACCUUUGUUUGCAUAAAGGCACCAAGCUGUGUGCAAUAGCUCUUAUUUGCUCAGCCUAUAACAGCACUCAGGGCCUUGACUCAACACAUCACACACGCCAAUGAAUAGUCUAGUCCCUCUCUCACAGUGCACCUUGUACCAACAGCCUCAGCAAACAUCGUCACAUCACCAAGCACAACCAACAUUAUCACUAGAAGAAAUGCCUCAACUUGCAUUAUAAGAGGGAGAGAAAUGCCUCAAAUACUGUCACGUGAACCACUACAACAAACAUUAUCUCAUGACGUUGUGUUUUAACUUUGGCAAUUCCACUUUAAAUACCGCUGCCACUGGGAUUAUCCCAGGAUAGGACAUCAGCAAAGUACUGGUUCAUCAACAUCUCUCAAGUUCUUAAUUGCCCUACGUUUUUACCAAGAUUUUGUGGACAUUGUGAUGUAUCAGAAGAGAUUCAAUAGUGUUGCAAGAUCCUACCACAAUUGCAAAACGACUGUUCGAGGAUUCUAAUGAUAUUGAAGUUGUUAUACUUUAAAUUAAAUCAAAACUAUGUUUUAUCGCUAAAAACACAUGUGUAAUUGACGUAAACCUUGAAGUUGAUUGGAAAAACGAACACAAACCAGUUUUACUACAGGUAAUUAGAGUGAAGCGAGGUGAAAGAACCCCCUUAAACAAUGUCUGAUCAGAUUUUUUUCCCGAUGUGCUCCAUGUGAAAACAACACUUAUUUUCCCCCUCUUGACCUUGAGAAGCAUUUGAUUGAUUGAUUGAUUUGUUUACAUGAGGUGUGUCAUCUCUUGUUUUAACACACUUGAGUCAGGAUAUUAUGAAUGUUUCAUUGUCACAAGAUUGUUGCGUUUCAUUGUACAUGGUAGACAGAUUAUUUUGGAAGGAAAGGUUUAAAUAUUUUUCCCGGUUUUUAUAUAAUUUCUUUCAAGCAUGGAACACACAACUGGACAUAUUGCAUUGUGUAAAUGUAUAUUCAAACACUGAGGCAAACCAAGAGAGAACAAUUAAAGUAAAAUUGCAGUUAUUUUGUUUAGAUUGUACUGGAUCUUAUUCUUCCUGAAUAUUUGUUGCACUACUGAGGAGUUGACACAGUAAGUUCACCUUAAAUAUAUGUAUGCCACUAUUUGAACAAAAAUCUAUUAUAUUUUUUAAUGUAACACUACUUGCAAUUAUUAUACACUAUAGUUGUGGCUGAACAAAAAACAACAACAGUAGAUUACAAUGCUGUUGACUUGUUACCGCACUUGUGUUAUAGCAGAGUUUGAUUUUGUUUCAGUCUAUGCCUGUAUGUCAAACCUUGGCCACAGUCAUACAUGCUGUGAAAAUGUAAUGGACUUAAAACUAAAGUCAUGUUGGUGUGUCUUUUGUCAGUUCUAGGUUACCAUGCCACAUCCAUUUAGGACAGACAUGGUUGUUUUAUUAAUUUACACUCAUGUUGUCAUUUAAUGCACAUAACCUAUAGCGACUUUAUCAUUAUAGGAUAGGACAGCUGUUGUGGUCUGCAAAUGCCAUGCCUUAACAUAAACACUGUAUAUGACAAAAUGCCACUGUCAGGCAUAAGUAGGCCUAUAACUGAGUUGAUUGCAGACCAAUUGAAUAAUUGUGUAUGUGCUAUCUUCAUGUUCAUUGAUAUUGUUGUUUGAUAUUAGAAGAGACACCAGAAACUGAUAUUGAACACUACUACUGUACUUACAUGACCUAUGUUAUUGUUAAAAUAUUUUCACUUUCCUUGGACAAUUGAGAUUUUGAAAUGUACAGUGAGUGCAUUUAUAGUUGCUAUUAUGAAAUUGGAAGGCUGUAAGAUCAAGUUUAUACAGGAAAUGUAAUAUUGUCAAAGCAUUUUGAAAUGAUAAAAUGUCAUAUGCAGUACAAGAUUGGUGUUAUUCAUGUAUUUUUUAAAAACUUAUUGUCCACACAGUUUUUGUUCAGUACGUACAGUAUAAGUAUCAGCAUGUUUUAAGUUACUGUUGAAAAUGUGUCUAAUGCCAUGCACAUUUCCUGUGGCGAAGAACAAGCAAUUUCAUUUUCAAACAAUCUGUUGCUUAUUUUGAAAAUCUUACAUUAUAUUUUUCCUGCUAGUGAACGUUUUAUGACCAUUCUUUAGUUCUCAGAAACCCUUUCACAGUUCUACAUGUUUCACUGUCAAUCCCCACCAUUUCCUGUCUGAUGAGCUCACAUGCAGUAAUUCUCAGGCUGCACUUUCAAUUCGAGCAUAGU